AUGCUUGCCACGGAGUUUAGCCAAGAAGAGCUCGUAUUCCAGCUGGCAAAUAUCGGCGGGUUUACCGCACCCGUCAAGACAGCUACAUCGUCUGAUACAGCGACGCCAGGCUCUUCGAGGUCCAGAAAAUGGGGUGGAAAGUUUCAAAAAAUAUCUAGGUCGAAAAACCAACAGCUGAGCCCUAGCUAUUCCACAGGUCAGAAAAUACCAGAUGCAGGCCCUCCAAGCGUCGAUCGCUCCUGGGUAUCGACCGCCCACUCAACGCCUCGUAGUCUAUCUCUUAGCCUACUAGAAGUACCAUUCCGAUCAACUUCCAUUCCAGGAAUGGAAACAAGACUAAAUAAGCCGGUUUUGCCGAGAAGCACCUCAUCCUAUGACAACCAACAAAUAGCUACCUCGGUUAUUUCCCCUCCUCAAUGUAGCGCCAAAAAUACUCCGCCCCGAGUUAAGCCAUUUGACCAUCCAAUUUACACCACCAACAAGAAAUCAUACGUAUAUGAGCCGUGCUCCCUGUGCUUAGAGUUCAUCUCUUGUCGGGCAUCAGGCGAAAAAGUUGUGUCACUAGAUUGUGGUCACCUAGUGCAUGAAGAGUGCCUUAUGGCCUAUUUUGAGAUUCCAACCGCCCGAGAUAUCGACAACAUGUUCCCCAUUUGUCAAAAAUGUGAUAACGGAGUCCGUUGUGUACCUUCAGAGCUGGAGCUUCGAGACAAAUGCAUUUCACAAGCUUUGAUAAAAGGAAGUCCAAAAACAAGGAAAUUUCGAGAUGUUGGAUUCAAAGCAGAAGUCCAUAUUCAAGAACAAUUCGGUGAGCCCUUGAAUUCAUCGCCGAGUGGUCUCAGAAAGUAUCAAUUUGGAGCCACAAGAAGUACUUCUGACUCUAAAAAAAACGUCAAAGAACUAUCGCUACGGCUCUCUGCAUUCUCUAGCAAGAACUCCAUCGCCACCACUGCUAGAGGCAGUAUCAUGUCCGGAAUUUCCUCAAUUGUCUCUUCGGUAUCGAAUCAGUCACCAGGUCAAGUCCUUGAGGAUUCUCAAAAUUCAAUGUGCGAAAUUUCUCGAAGCUUGCCCCUAACAGUCCUUCGAUCGUAUUAUUCUCAACUUCUUUUGGACAAUUUUCCACAAAGCUUGCGAGGUUGGGAAUUGGAUUCAAAGUUCGGCCCCUUGAGAAUCGUUGAUAGGCUCAUGUUUUCUGAGGACGGAAAGACCUAUCAAGAUGCAUGCUGCUAUCUCUUUACCGAUGCUUUGCUGAUAGCUUUGGUAUCGCCCACCUUUGACCCAAAAUUGCCUACUGGAAUGAGAUUCGACAGAUUCUUAGUGCACCAUCCGUUAUCUCACACGAGCGUUGAUUCUCUCAAUUCUUCAGUUCUAAAAUGUACAAUAUUAAGUGCUAUGAAGAAUAGUAAGAUAAUGCAAGGCUCUACAUUUUACUUGACUGAAGCUUUGGACUCUGAUAAAAGCCAGGUAGUCGAAAAAUGGAUUUCAGCACUACUCAAUAAGGAGAUGGUUUUUAAGAGCUCCAACUUCUCUUCCACACUGCGAACUCCACCAGUAGUCACGCAUUCAUUGUCUUCGCGACUCACAGUGAUAAGAGCCGACACGAAAACUGUUAAUGUGGACUUCACUGAGGAUAUAGAAGAUGCGGAUAUUAUAGUACGCAACAGUGUCGCGGCGAGAGAUGACAAAUCUCGGAGGACGACUAUAACAUCUAUUCUUUCGCUAAAACGGGAUCGGCCCAAAAGUCUUGCUGUGGUCUUGCAAAUAGAUCCAGGCCGCAUGAGAGACAGCGAGUUCACAGCUCUAAUUAAUAGUUUGAGGGCUCUUGUGACUAAAAUGAAGGAUACCAAACUUUGUCUCGUUGAUCCUGACGGUGGGAUCAUUAGCCAAGGUCUUGCGCAGGAACAAAUCAUAAAGCUUCAAAAUUUGAAGCGUAAUCCACUUGCUUCUUCUCGCCCAAGCUUCACAUCCCAACACUUCAAGGAUGAGUGUUGCUCAGACAUGAAUGAAAAAACCGGAAUUGUCGUCUUUUCCAAUACGUCCGUUGAGCUAGGCAAAUCUUGUCUUUUUAUGAACUAUAGUCCAUUUGCCAGCCCUAACAGAAAGAUGCCUAACGAGCUCAAGGUUCAUGUCGGAUAUCUGAACGUUGAUUAUACGGAACAGGUCUCAGAAUUGAUCGAAGUUUCUUCAUUUCAUGACAUUUUGGAAACUGUUUGUUAUAGCUUCAAUCUGACAUUUGGCGAAGAUGAUGACGAUGACGAUGACGAUGACGAUGAAGAUGAAGAUGACAGCGCAGAUGAAUGGGGGAGAUAUAAUGUGAGCCUGGAGGAGACGAAAGUUGCUGAUAAUAUAUCGGUAAUAUCAGGCCAAUCAAGUAAGAGGGAAAAAUCAAACAGCGGCCUGGUAGACUUUGACGCGUACCAGGAUGUUGAACAAGUCAGUCCCUCAUCCCCAUUGCCUCAUAGCAAUGGGACGCUUUGUGAGAGUGAGCGAUCUUACUCUAGUGCUUCAAAAAGGAUAACAGAAGAUUGUGCUACUCCUCGCAGUGCCAUACAUUCAGUUUAUCUUCCUACACAAGCACGAAUUGGGAACGAAAGGUUGCUUGACGACUCCUUAGACACCUUCAAAAUACGCCGCUCAGUUAUACGUUCGCUUCACCUGGAGAGCCCAUUUAAUGUGAACGAAUUCACUUCCUCAUCGCCACAUGCCAAUCUUGCUCAAAAUCCUGCAAUACCUGGAUGGUCGCGCUUCGUUGAGGGUAUCAACAAGGCACUUGAUGAAGCCAUAGAUUACAAAAGCUCUACAGAUAAUGAUGUAAGAACUUCUAAGGUCCAGUCUUCAAAUUACGAGUAUUUGUGA